UUGUCACUAAUCCACCGCUAGUAAGCGGUAACGUGAAAUUUACCGUCGAUUUUAAUUAUUAUGCUAUAAAACUGUACUUACUCUGGCAUUAACAUUAAUUAUGUAAAAAUAAGUCUGCUUCAUAAUAUUUUAUCUUAGUGAUUAUUUGUGACAAAGUUGUACUUCAAAUUCUGCAUAAGUAGUUUCUGACACUAUAGUGACGCCAUGUUUGUCACGUUUUUGCCAAUAGUGAAUAAGUUAAACUUUAAAUAAAAUUGAUAAUUGACUCGGAAGUCAUACUUAUUGGUUCAUAAUUAUUUACUGUUUAAAAUGAGUGCCAGCCUUUCAUCAAGAAAAGCGAAGAGAUCGAGGACGGAUAGUGAAGCCAACGACUCCUUUGUGAAGAAUGUAACAUCUCGGAUGUCAGGGUUAUUACCUGCGACUAUUACUAGAUGGUUCAGCUCAUCGAGUUCGUCCAAUACAAAUGGUUCAACUGUGGUAGAAUCAACAGAUUCAUCGACUGAAGAUGAGGCUACAGAUGGUCUCAGAACACCAAAUCAGAGGAAUCAACCAUCCCAACCUCCAGCUAAAAGAAUGAGAAUUGGUACCCCAGGGACAUCAAGUUAUUAUUAUCCAGAAACCAAAAGCACAAGUACAAACACUGAAACAACAGAAACAUACAGUACUCUGCAGUCACCUAUAAAAGAUACUUUAAAAGUAGAAACAAACUAUGUUUCAACACCAUCAUGCUCUCCAAGUGAAACAUCCACUAUAAAUGAAAAUGAAAAGGAUCCCUCUAUCUACAUAUACCAAGAUUCCAUAACAAGUGUUAACAAUUCAGUUGAGCAAACACGAAAGUCAAUUUUUGGCUCUGAAGAAAGACUUCAAGAGUCCUGUGCUAGAACUGCUGCAAAUACAUAUAAGGAUCUCACUCAACCUUACUUUAAGCCUGGUCUUCUCUGCACUCCAUUUUAUACAUCAAGACCAGUUUAUGGAGGAACACGUAAUGUCUACGUGAACCGGCCAAAUAUCAAGCAUAAAACAAAUCCUUUAGUAAACAAAGUUGACAACAAUAGUAGCGUAAAUAUCAGCAAUUCCGCAAAGCGUAUUAUGGAUCUAUUGGAAAAUUAUUCAUCCCCAGUUAGUGAGGCUAGGAGAAUUUCUCGGCUUGUCAAUUCUUCUUGUGAUAAAACUCCAGAUACAUCUCUUAAUACUAGUAUUGAUGCUAAUAAUAGCAAAGCAGCAUCUUACAAAAAAAGAGAACUUUAUGUGCCAAGUUUUGCUUCAAUACUACAACUGAAACAAAAGGCUAGACUCAAUGAAACAACAAGUGCAGCACGACAAAUUAUUGCAUCACACAGUAGUUCAUUGAACACAUUACCUUAUCCAGCUAGCACUUCUGGCAUUAGUCAAACCAAGGAACAUAGUCAAGAAAAUCUUACUACAAAAAUGAAGACAAGAGUCACUAGACUUAAUAGAGGAGAAGAUAAAGAAAGUGAGAGUAACAAGCUUCCAAUAGUUGAAUUACCAACGGCUGUACUACAGAUAGAUAAAGACAAUUUACCAAAAUUUUCACUUGAUACUCCUGUGUCUCAUUCAUCAGAUAAUAAGCAAAAAAAUCCAGAAUCAGUGUUAACUGGAACAAACUCUGUUGCUCAAGUUCCAAAAGUUGUACUUUCCAAAAAUGAAGCUCCAAAAAGUAGGCUAACUGAUAUGCUUGAUGGUGAAACAUACACAUUUUCUAGUCCUAUAAGGAUAUCUGAAGAUAAUUUUAUUACUUCUACAGAGACCUACAAGUUUGGGAGUCCUGAGCGGUCUGUAGAACCAUCAAAAAAUAACAACAAAAUUGUUAGUAGUUCCGACGACAUUGAAGAAGAUGAAGAGGAUAUAGGAAUUCAGUCUCAUCAGUCAGAUGAAAUCCUAAAAACGAGUACAUCUCAGAGUUGUGUUUCGCUUGAAGCAGCGAAAUCACCAAUGGAAAGGCCUAUCUUUAAUAAAUGUUUAGAAUGUAAAGUGGUUGCUAGUCAGCUAUCCAGUGACAAAUGUUUUGAUUGUGAAAAGAAAGUUAAUAGUACUGGUAAGAUGGACUCAAAGUUAUCUAAAUCUACUAGUUCCACUUGGAAAUGUCAAGAUUGCUGGGUAAAUAAUGAUGUUGGAGUAGAGAAAUGUGUGUGCUGUGGGGCCAAAAAUUCAAGUGCUUCGCAAAAUUCACCUGCACCCAAAGUAAGUUCCGAAAUUCCUAAAACUACUUGGAAAUGUCAAGAUUGUUGGGUAAACAAUGAAGGAACAGAUAAAUGUGUAUGCUGUGGAGCCAAACAAUCUAUUGCACCUAAAAUGUUGAGUAAACUUCAACCGCAAAAGCCGGUUAAUACUUGGAAAUGUGAAGAAUGUUGGGUUGAUAACAAUUAUGGAGCUGACAAAUGCAUUUGUUGUGGUACAAAAAAUUCUAGUACUACUAAAACUGAGCAAAAUACUAAUUCUGAAACAUCAGAUUGGAAAUGUGGGGUGUGCUGGCUAAAAAACAAAUCUCAUGAUGAUAAGUGUGUGGCUUGUAGUGGUCCAAAGCCCGCAGCAAAAGAACAAAAUCAGAAUAAAAUUUCAUCACCUUCACCUAAUGCAAAUAACAAUAAUUCACUAUUAAAGAAUAUUGUCAAAUCACAAAGUAAUAAAUGGGAAUGUCCCAGUUGUUUUGUUCAUAAUGAUAAUAACAUAAGCAAAUGUGUAUGUUGCGAAACGGAAAAACCAGGUAUAACAAAGGAAUCCGAAAAGAAGAGUUUCAAUUUCGGAGUAUCUCCGAAUGUAUCCUUUAAAUUCGGUAUUAAUCCUAAACAAACUACUACAGAAAGUGAACCUAAACCAGCAUCAAUAUUUGGUCAGGCAACUCAAGAAAUGGAAACUAAUAACAAUCAUAUUUCAAAAGCUCCUUCGUUUACUUUUGGAAUACAGAACAAAAAACCAGAAAAAGAAGUUUCUAAAGAAGAUAACAAAAUUGUUGAAACACCCAAGGUUGCCUUCACUUUUGGUAUUCCAAAAGACAACUCAACACCAAAUUCUGCACCAGCUUUUAAAAUUAAUACUGAUAUGUUCAAACCAACUACACAAUCUUCUGUAACUAAUAUAUCGAGUGCGAAUGAUUCUGAAAGAGCUCAGGAAGUCCCAAGCGUGGACCAGUCUCAAUUGAGAGGAGUUGAAUCUGCUCCAAAGCUUACUGGGCUAUUUGGUGCAUCGCCAUCUAAAGAUUCUACAUUAAACAAGUCGAUAACCAAUGCGUUGACUCCUUUUAACUCCAAUUUUACUGCUGAGAGCUCUGCUAAUCCUACAUUGACGACGGCUAGCAAUACUUUGGGCACAUCAAAUGCAAGCUUCAGCAUGACAGGAAAUCAGCCUUCUAAAAAUUUAUUUACUACAUCCAUUGCGCCCACAUCUGCUAACGCUUUUGCGAGCGUGCAAACACCGCCAGUAACAUCAUCUGUGUCAAUGUUCCAAAAAAAUGAGCAAGCAAGUCCAUUGAUGUCGUUCUUUCAAAAAUCUGAAAACACAUCACUAUCAAUGUUUAAUAAGAACGAGCCCACUGCGACAACAACUUCAGUGUCAGUUCUUCCUAGUGCACCAGUGUUCAGUUUUGGUACGAGCACACCUACUACAGCCCCGUCGAAUGAAAAGUCGGGAUUUACUUUUACUUUUGGACGGGACAGUAAAAAUGAGACUCCAUCCAUGUUUAAAUUGCCCUUUGGAGGUACUCCGGACAAUUCUGCCUCAAAUAAGUUUAUGAUGCCAUCAUCAAACAUCAACUCCAGUAAUAUGCUGCCUGCGAGCAAUUUGGCUGGAAAUUCUGUUGGAAAUAACAUGCCUCUCAUGCUAUCAGGAGGUAAUAAUAAUCCCCUCGGUGGUUUAUCUACAGGCAACGGAUUACCCUCCGGGAAUUUAAUGAAUAAUCUUACACAAAAUCAAUUAAGCAUGGCGAGUAACGUCAUCACAAACAAUGCACCAGCAGCUUCCGGCGAUAUCUUCAAUACUCCUGUGCAGAAAGAGAAUAUGUGGUCUACAGGAAAUAAUAAUACUCAGGGCAGCAUGUUUGGUUCAAGUGAAGCAUCAAAUAAUUCACAGAAACGGCCGUUCGCUUUCGGAGCAAGUUCUGGAACAUCGAAGCCAUUCAGUCCAGUUGGUAGUUCGCCGUUUGAUAAUCCGAAUCAGCCUCGACCACUAUUCGGUAUAACAAAUCAACCGGCAGCAAAUCCUUUUGGGUCUGCAGCCAGUCCUAUGGCACCAAACAUGUUCAGUUCACAACCCAGUAACCCUGCGCCUUCAGUAGGCAUGUUCGGGAACACCAAUGCUCCUGGCAGUCAACCUCCGGCUUUUGGUUUCCCAGUAUCAUCGUUUUCGUCAUUUGAUUCGAACAACAUGAAUCAGCCAAUGAACCCCAAUCCGACCCCGGCAUUCAAUUUCGGUGCUCCGCAACAACCAUCUGGCGUCUUCGGUUUUGGUCAGCAACAGCAACAACAGCCACAGCUACAACAGCAGCAGCAGCAGCAGCAACAGCAGCCGCCUCAGCAGCAAGGCGUAUAUAAUUUCGGGGGCGGCGCCCCUCAGGUACAAUUUACAGUAGGAAGUGCUCCGAACACGGCCGGAAGACGUGUUCGUAGAGCGUUCAGACGUACCCAGCGGUAAACAGCAUUUAGUAUAUAGUAAGUUAGUAUACAAUAAUCAAACGUCGAUGUUUAGUUUUAGUUUAUAUCACAUACAUAAAUUGUUAGUUGUAUCAACAUCCUUAGAUAACUUAGUCUUAAUGUAAUUAAUUAAGUAUCACUCAAUUUUAAUAUAUUCAUUUUUUUACAAACAGCUCUGUAAAAUUUGUUUCUAACAAAUAGACAAACAGUGUCACAUCUUUUAUUUUUUGAUCUGUGAUACAUAAACAUAGCAGCUUAGCGAAACUUGCAUCAUUGUAACAUUAAACUAUUGAGCAUGAGAACAGUUGUAAAUAAUAUUAUGUUGUAAUCCUAUACUUUAUCCUUACCUUUUUGUGUCACAGUCACCUUUUUUUUCUUCAAACAGUGAACAAACUUUCACCAAUAAUUUUAUGAAAUAUAAGUAAUAUUUUCUUGAUAAAACUGUAAUUUUUUUUACAUCAUUUUGAUGUGAGGUAACAAUGUUAAAAGUACUUGACUGCUCUUAUAUAUCAGGUUUGAGAUGACUUUAACUAGGACAAUUUUUAUUUUAUAAAAGACGUUCACUAUUUAUUUAUAUCUUCAUCAAACUCUAUGUUGGCUUCUAAUAGUUUUAAAGUGGACAAUUAUAUGUUUUACCUAGAUCCUUCUUGCUUUAUGCUAAAUAAACAUAAUAAUAUAAAACUGUUACAAGAAAAGGAAAUUUAAAUUACACAUUCACCGUCUUCUUAGUUUAAAGGCUCGUUCUCACAGUCCUCUAUAAAUAAGAAAGUCUUUCCUAGUCUACGCCUACUGAGCCACUAAAUGUAUUAGCAAUAUUUGCCCGGAUAUGUUUUAAUAGCUGAUGUAUUGAAAUAAUUAUAUUAUUGGGCAUUUCUUAUUUAAAAUAUUAUUUUCAUAAACAUUCUUUUUUAGCCCACUGUUCCAAACCGCAAAAGAGUGUCUGCUUUUUGCCUGAAAAAUAUAAUUCUGAGAGGAUGUUUUAAAAUGGUCUUAUGUAGUAGAAAAAAUAAUAAUAUUAAGUACAAUUAAGUUACUAUUUCUACAAAAGUUAUUUGUAUUUUUGUGUGCGUUGUCUACAAAUUAUUCAUGUGUAAUUUUAUAAAAAACAAUUUUAAAAAUAAAUAUUGCUAUCUAAAAUGGUUCAGGAUAUAUAUAUGUAUAUAUAUAAAAUAAAAACAUCAUGGACGGCUCGUAAAUUUUUUAAUUUAACAUAAUAUAAUGUUGAAAAAAUUUAAUAAUAAUUCAUACAAAUUAUGAUUUUUGUAAUAAUUAAGUUAUAAAUUAAUUUGUCAUUCAUUUUCAUGAUGAUUAAAACGCGUCAGAAAUAUUUUUAUAUAUUCUGUUCAAUAUACAAAUGCGUGCAAGAAUGUUUGUAAGCUUGUCAAUGUCACUGCUUCUCAAUUGAUUUGAAAUAAAAUAAUUCUCUUAUUAAUAGUUUGUAUAAUUUUAAGUUUUAAUUUUUGCGCAACGCAAUCAGUUAUAUUAUUUGCGAAAACAAUUUUCUUUUGUAAUAAACAGUGUCUGAAUGUUUAAGAUAACCAAUAUUUCUCAAGUGUUAAGGUGAAUUAAUGGGCGUUUUUUGUAUGUUUGUAUUUCGUUUGUUUGAUACUACUGAAAGGGUUAAUGGGAAUUCUAUUUUAAUAUAGAGAAGAUGCAAAUAUGGUCGUAAAUUUUUAUAAUCCCUUAAAAUGAAUGUUGCUUUCGCAUUGAAUUUUCUUAUUUUCAGUAAUGGCUUUUGUCUAAAGUAUACAUAAGCACCAAUUUCAAUAGUGAAAAAUUCUAGUUAGUAAUCGACCGGUUUAUUGCAAUGCAAUGUAUUUUAGAAAAAAAAUCCGUCGCAAAAAUAAAAUAAGGCUCUUUAGAAGAAAAUAAAUAUUAUAUUUUAAAAUCAGAAGUUAUUUGUCUUUCACACUUGUAUAAAAAGACAUCUAAAAGUGAAUUAAUGAUAAAUUUUGUCAAAUAAGUGUUUGUGUGUUUUCAGCAGAAUUUUUUAAUAGUGGACUUACUUACUUACUAACAAUUUUGAAGUGGCUUAUUUCAAAAUUGUAUAUGAUAAUAUGAAAGAGUUUUGUUAAGCUGCUAUGCUCCCAAUGCAUCUAUUGCGUAUUUCAACUGUACUGCUUCUCAUAAUAUGAAUUUGUAAUAAAUAAAUAGGGAUUGUGUUUCUUUUAUAUGAAUAACUGAUAAAUAUAUAUAUAUAUAUAUUUUAUUUUAAUUAAUUGUUAUGUAUGUGUGUAUUUAGUUAAUUUAAUUCGUAUUCUUUUAUAUAAAAAAAUCUUUUAAUUACGAAAUCGUUAAUAGUAAUUUUAAAAAUGAUUAUUUUCUACAUCUUUACAAUUGGAUUCUAAUAAAAUACAUUUGACAUCUGUAAAACGUAUGUGUAAUUAUUUUUUUAACAUUAUUUAAAACCAAAAUUCACUUUAUAAGAUGUAAAUAUGGUUUACGUUUAAGAAUAGUAAAUGUAUCUAAGCUGCGAGAUUUCAUCCGUGUUAAUAUUGUUUUUAAAUGGUUUUUUAUAAUUAAUUAAUUCCAUAUUUAAGUGUAGUGCUUUUACUUAGAUAUCAUUUUCAUAGGUAAAUCAGGAUUCUACUACCGUGUGUAGGUUCUCAUUGCGUAUUUACUCUAUCCUGAUUUGCCUAUAAAUUCAUAUUACAACAUAAAUGUAUUCUUUCAAUUAAGAUAAAGGAAUAUAAUAUCAUUAGAGGUAUCAAAAUGUUGUUUAAAAAUUAUUCCUGGUAUAUAUUUUUUUUAAUUUACCGACGCUGUCAAAUAUUUCUUUAGUUUAAGUGUAGUAAUAAACUUGUAGCUACGUAUUGAUUCUGAUUAUAAAUUAUUAAUAAAAAAAAAAAUUUUACUCCACAACUUCUGUCGUAUAAUAAACUUGUAAGAUCCAGAUGCAUUGAACUUUUUUCUCAUGUAAUUGUUAGUCACUAAUCAACCUAACCUAUUAGAACAAAUAUAACCCAAUGAAAUA